AGAGCUUUUCCUUUUUUUAAAAGAAGCAAACUUCAUUAUUCACAAAAUAUGGGCUUCAAUUCAUCAUACAAUUUUGUCCAGCAAAGAGAUAGGAAACGCAUCUCUUGCAGCAACAUAGCUUCAGCAUAUCUAGCCAAAGCCCAAAUGCAAUUAUUUGCUGCUGCUGCUCCAAUACACCUAAACUGGACAUUAGGAAAAGAUUGCAGUAAGCAGCAGGACAUCCACGCCAGCGCCACCAGUUGCUGGGGAGAAGCACACCCCCAUAGUUAACAGCCACGCCCCCACCAAAUCUGCCAGUUCUUUCAUCGAACACGCUGAAGAGGUUCCCGAAACACAUGUUUCAUUGCUAGUUGGUACGUAGGAAUCUCAAGUAAAUUUGACGCUUAUGUGAAACAUAACUACUCAGGCAAGUCCCAAUUUGUAUUUAUUCUUGAUGGGCAGCUUAAAUUUUGCAAGCAGUGAACGCCAGCUAGUUAGAACCGUAUGUGCGAUUGUAGUAAAGGGUUAUUGGGUCAAACUUUUGAAACCAAAGAUUGGUUCUCUCGUGACAUCAUCUGUUAUGAACCAAGCGUUGUUGAAUCUUUCUCCGUAUGAGUUUUCAAUUUCAUUGUCCUUCUUCAAAUGGGUGGAGACGAUUCCACACUACAAGCAUUCCUUGCAAUCUUCUUGGACAAUGAUUUGCAUUCUCACUAAGCAAAGACACUACAGGGCUGCUCAAGAUUUGCUCCAGAAGAUUGCUAGGAAAGACUUCUUAUCGUCUCCCACUGUUUUGAAUGCUCUUGUGAAUAGUUAUAGCGACUUGGAUGUGAAUUCGCAUGUUUUGAGUUGGUUGGUGAUAUUUUAUGCUAAUUCAAAGAUGAAUCCAGAUGCAAUCCAAGUGUUUGAGCAUAUGAGACUAUGUGGAUGUAAGCCCCAUUUGCAUGCUUGCACUGUGCUUCUGAAUUCAUUAGUGAAAGAAAGGCUGACGGAUACUGUGUGGAAAAUUUAUAAGAAAAUGAUCAAAGUUGGGGUUCUUCCUAAUUUACACGUUUAUAAUGUCUUGAUUCAUGCUUGUUGUAAGUCGGGAGAUGUGAAGAAGGCAGAGGAGUUAUUGAGUGAAAUGGAGUUGAAAAACAUAUUUCCUGAUCUUUUUACUUAUAAUACAUUGAUUUCGUUGUAUUGCAAGAAGGGUAUGCAUUAUGAGGCUUUAUCUGUUCUAGAUAAGAUGGAAAGAGGAGGAGUAUGUCCUGAUAUUAUAACUCAUAAUUCGCUUAUAUAUAGUUAUUGUAGAGAAGGCAGAAUGAGAGAGGCUUUGAGGCUUUUUAAGGAAAUUAGAGGUGCUUCUCCCAACCAUGUGACAUAUACUACCCUGAUUGAUGGGUAUUGCAGAGUUGGUGAUAUUGAUGAAGCCUUACAGUUGCGUGAUAUAAUGGUGGCCAAGGAGUUGUAUCCCGGAGUAGUUACCUAUAACGUAAUUCUAAGGAAAUUAUGUGAAGAGGGCCGGAUACAGGAUGCAAAUAAACUAUUAAAUGAAAUGAGUGAGAGAAAAAUAGAGCCUGAUAUUGUUACAUGUAACACAUUAAUCAAUGCUUAUUGCAAGAUUGGAGAUAUGAGGUCUGCUCUGAAAGUUAAAAGUAAGAUGUUGGAGGCUGGACUAAGGCCUGAUCAGUUUACUUACAAGGCAUUGAUUCAUGGAUUCUGCAAGGCACAGGAGGUAAAAAGUGCUAAAGAGAUGUUAUUUGAUAUGCUUCGUGCUGGAUUUUCUCCAAGUUACUGCACAUAUACUUGGUUUGUGGAUUUCUACUGCAGCCGAAAUGAUGAUGAAGCUAUCAUGACUUUUCCUGAUGAGAUAAUGCAACAGGAUCUCUGUGCUGACAUCACUGUAUAUCGGGCAAUAAUACGAAGGUUGUGCAAGAAAGAGAGAAUCGAUUGUGCACAAAGAGUAUUCAAAAUUAUGCAAACAAGGGGGAUAUUAGGAGAUACUAUCAUCUAUGCUAGUUUGGCUUACGCAUACUCAAGAGCUGGUGAUGUUGUUGCUGCUUUAGCAUUGUUCGAUGAGAUGUAUAAGAGGAGACUGAUGAUAACUCUCAAAAUCUUCAGAAGUAUCAAUGCUUCAUAUGCAAAUGACGGCAGCUACUUAGAUAUAUUUUGGAACAUUUUGGUCGAGAGAGGCCUGAUGUCCAAAACUAUGUACAAUCAAAUCCAGCAGAUGAAGUUAUAAUUCUAACAAAAAGUUGAUGCUAUCAACAAGUAGAGGUCCAAGUUCCUCAAGCUUCUAAAUGAUGAUUGCCUCUUGAUCUAGCACCUUGGUUUCAUCCUCCUGUUUUGCAUCCAUGGACUGAGUAUGGGAUGCUUGUUCAGGGAACCAUUACACACAUAAUUUCCAGUUACUAGAGGUGAAGCUCAAAGUCAAUUAUUGAGGGAUUCUCAUGGUGUUCUUGAAAAUUGGGAUGGGAUGCCGUAGACCCAUCACCCAUGUAAGUGGAAAGUAUGCCAAAUAUCAAUGUAAUCUUGUUAAAGCAAAGUCAGUUUAAUAAAUUAAGGUAAAAUAUAGAUAUACAAACUUUGAUAAAAAUUGAUCUCAUGAUCAUACUAUUAAGAAUAAUUAAUUCUA